AACUUGGCGGGCCAGAUGCGGGCUGUGGGGCGGUGGAGUGUUGCUUCUUCCCCUCCCGGCAUCCUGUUCUCCGUGGACUGCAGUUCCGAGUCUCAGCCCUCCGUGGCCUCCUUCUCCGUCCUCAUGACGGGUCCCAGGGGGCAGAGGCUGGGGGCGGUGGCGACGUCUAUCUGUUCGUCGCCGCCGCCUCAGAGCUGCAGCAAUUCCACCAUGUCACUGUUGUCUCCCCUCGGCCACCAGAGCUUCUCGUUUGACGAUGAACAUGGUGACGGAGAGGAUGAGGAAGAUGUGGACGAAGAUGCCCAUGACGUAGAGGCCGAGGUGUUGAGCCUGAGAGGAACGGAGUUACCGGGGCGCGCCAGCAGUAAAGUUGAAUCAGAAGAUAACCAAGAAGAACAGAAACAGGUGCACUUAGGAGAAAGCAGCCUGACACCAUGGGAGGUGUGGUUUGUUGGCAAAGAAAAAGAAGAACGUGACCGGCUGCAACAGAAAGCUCUAGAGGAAUUAAAUCAACAACUAGAAAAAAGAAAAAAAAUGGAAGAACGUGAAAAAAGAAAGAUAAUUGCUGAAGAAAAGCACAAGGAAUGGGUUCAGAAAAAGAAUGAACAGAAAAGGAAAGAAAGAGAACAAAAAAUGAAUAAGGAAAUGGAGGAGAAAGCAGCAAAAGAACUAGAGAAAGAACAUUUGCAAGAAAAAGCAAAAGAAAAAUAUCAAGAAUGGUUAAAGAAAAAAAUUGCUGAAGAAUGUGAGAAGAAGAAGAAAGAAAAGGAAAAAGAAAAACAACGGCAAGCCGAAUUACAAGAGAAAAAGGAAAUAGCAGAUAAAAAGUUUAAGGAAUGGUUGGAAAAUGCAAAAAGUAAACCUCGUCCAGCUGUAAAGAGCUAUGGUUAUGCCAAUGGAAAACUUACAGGUUUUUACAGUGGAACUUCCUAUCCAGAACCAGCCUUUUGUAAUCCAAUUCCAUGGAAACCAAUUCAUAUGCCACCUCCCAAAGAAGCUAAGGAACUAUCAGGAAAGAAGAAUAAAAGACCUGUGAUAAGUCAGCCACACAGGUCAUCUCUGGUAAUUCAUAAAGCCAGAAGCAAUCUUUGCCUUGGAACUCUGUGCAAAAUGGAAAGAUAGUAUAUGUGGAAAAUACUAUGCUUUUUACCCGAAGCUAUUUAAUUUUGAAAUCAAAAAGAUUUUUUACCUCUCAAUCAGCAAAUUAGUACUUGAUGUGAUUAUUGACAUACUAAUUUUUGUAUUUUAUAUGGAGUCUGAAGGAUUAAUUGAGAAAGGUAUUUUUUAUGUUUUGGUUUUUCUUUUAAGAUUGAUCUUGGCAUAUUGUUUUGCAUGAUAAAUCUAACAAUUGUGCUUAUGUUUAGCUUGUAUUAAAACCACACUGUAAUACCCAUAAAACCAAAAAUUUUUCCUGUAUUA